AUGAAUGCAAUGACUCCCUCGCUUGUGCAAAGAAUCGCUGGUACACCUGGCAUUUUGAAGAAGAUGGACAGUCCAUCGACAGCUGAGAAGAAGCUACGCCGUGUUCAUUUUGACAACUCUUUGGAAAGCAAUAUUGCUAAGGCGAAUAGUGAUGGGAUUGAUAAGGGAUUCUCGCUUGAUGAGCCAAUCCCAGCAUCACCGAAGGGAAUACUGAAAUCACCUGCACCAAGACGGCCGUUCGCUAAUGUUCAACUCACUGAAGAGAAGGCGUCGACUACUCCAUCACUUGACAAUAAUCCAUCACCAGACAAGAGUGAAACAAAUCUGGACGAUGAACCGUUAUUCGUAGAUUUGAUGGAUUGCCAAGAAUCGAUAGCUAAGGUCAUCAAUAAGCUCGUGCCGAUCUCAACGAACAUCGGAUCCAUCACUCUCCGGAAAACGUUGGAAGCACGUGGGAUAGUACAAAUUCGUCAUCUUGCAUGCAUGACUCGUCGUGAGGUUGCUGCACUAAACAUUAAGAAACCUCGCGUUGAAACGGCUAUGAAAGCGUUGGCUCAGUUUGCCCGUGAUUAUUCUCCACAAAAACAGCGAGCAGCAACGCUUAUAAAUCAU